AUGUCGAGGGUCUGGCUCUCGGUGCUCGCCGCCACGGCGGCGUUCUGGGGCACCGCCGUGGUGAAGCGCUCGCCGUACUCGUACGAGGUGACGCCGCCAGUGAGGCAGUGGGCGGACCACCCGAUGAAGCUGGUGCCCGUGCCGGCGACGCAGCCGGAGCUGCAGCAACCGGGCGUAAAGGGCGACGUGCUCAUCACGGCGGCGCAGCACAUGGCGCUGCUGCACAACGCGCUCAUCCGCGGCUACAACUCCAUCUUCCUGCAGGCGCCGCACGUGCUGGCCCCCGGCGAGGCCGCCGCGGCGAACAACGAUAACAGCGACAGCGGCAGCGGUAGCGCGGAAGAGGACGAGAACGAGGCGGCGCACUUUGUCGGCUACGCGCGCACGUGGGUCAAGUUCCUGCAGAACCAUCACGAUGACGAGGAGGAGGUGCUGUUCCCGGAGCUGGCGGCGAUCCUGAAAGACGAGACGCUGUGGGGAGACAUGAAGAAGGAGCACGAGUCCUUCCUCGAGGACCUCCGCGCCCUAGACACCCACCUCGCCCACCUCUCCGCCAACGCCUCCGCCUACUCCCCCGGCCCCCUCCUCCAGCACCUCUCCGCCCUGCGCGCGCCCCUCGAGCAGCACCUGCACCACGAAGUCACCCUGCUCGCGUCCCUGGCGACGCACCCGUCCGCGCCCGCCCGCGACAGCUUCGCGGGCGCCGUGGCGGGCGAGACGCUCAUGAACUGGGGCAAGAACAGCGUCAGCGGGACGUUUGACGUGGUGCCCUUCUUCCUGCUCAACGUGGACCGCACCGUCGCCGACGACGAGGGCCGCUGGGCCAACUGGCCGCCCAUGCCGGAGCCGGUGCGCUGGGGGCUGGUCAAUGGUGCGGGGGCGGUGCGCGGCGGGUGGUGGAGGUUUGCGAGCUGCGAUGCGAAGGGAAGGCCGAGGGAGUUGCAUGCGGUGCGGAAGGCGGCGGAGAGGAGGCGUAGGGAGCAGGAGGGCAAGACGGAGCUGUGA